AUGGAACGAAGUAUGGCUCAUCAUCGAGAUCCACAUGUUCCUCUGAACCUCAAUGCUGAGGUCAUUGCUGAGUUUGAGCGUGAUGAGGAAAUCAUCUCAAUCAACAAAAAUAUUGCUGAAUUGACCAGGCGGUUCGCAGGCAAGCCAGAUGAGUAUCUGGAAUUGAAAUCUGAGCGGUCAAUAUUGUACAAAAAAAAAACUUUGAUCAAAGAUGAGGAUUUCAUCACUAGCUGGUGGAACGCUAGCUAUGAUGGAUACAUGGCAGGAAACGAGCUCAAUGAGAAGGAUACAAGGACCCUCUUCGAUAUAUAUACCAAUGAUAUUGGCAGACAGUGUCUUCAGGAUAUGGUGAAUCUCUGCAUGUCAACAGAGGGAGUUGCAUAUUAUCCUGGGCUAUCACCAGUUGGUAGGCUAUGUGAUUAUCUCCCUGCAGGACCGCGCAAAACAUAUUCUGCAGUGUCGAAGAAAAUCGCUGAAUGCCACGUCUUAUCAGCAGAAAUAUUGAAAUGGUAG